AAACUGGGAUAGCUGUGCACAGGAACACUCAAUGCCAAGGACACAGCGAACAAGGAGGAUUCGGCUUCAAAUCUAAAAGGAGCUCAGCAUGGAUGACGAUCUGCUGGCGAAUAAACAGACAGAUGAAGCUGAGUCUCUCCAUGGCGGGAGCGAGGAGGAGAGUCUCCUCAACAUGUUGACUGAAACUAUUCAGGGGGUUGAAGCUGACAGACAAUCCACAGAUCAUUACAAGCAAACAGUGGGUGGGAGGAGGUGCACAGGAAAAGAACCAGGUAGAGGAGAGGAAAUACAGAGAGGGAGUGAAGAAAGGAUGCUCAGUCCAGCAGAGGAUGAGGAGGAGGAUGAAGAGGAAGGAGAGGGGAGAGGAAGGAAUACUAAUGAAGAGCAGUUGGAGAAAGAAUGCAAACAAAAAGUUCUGCGAGUGCUGAAGGAGCUGAGUGUUUUUCAUUCAGAGCGAGUGGCAGCCUGGAAAGAAGCCCUCAGAGAAUGUGCCUCCAUGCUCAACAAGUGUCCACCAGGGGGCGGUGAUCAGCAGUGUACGUCUACAUUGGAGCCAGACUGUAAAGCCAUAUCUUGUUCAGACUCCCUCAGUGAUACUUUUCAGAGUAUAGUGGAGGACACAGAGAAAAUUAUGCAAAAACUGAGCACAAUCAUAACCAAACUGGAUGCAGAAAUUGUCCAAUUAUCUGCAAAAGAAGCACCAAGUGUGGAUGCAGCACUUCAGGACACCAGAGACUCAGAAACUUCAGCGGAACCUGAAGAUUGCAACAAUCACCUGAGCUCCGGUGAUCCAUGUGAAUCCGACUCUGGGCGUAAACAGAAGGAUGAGGAUGAAGGUGAUCAAAGCUACACAAGGCCGUCAACAGACACUGAGCAAACAUCAGACUGCAAUGAUGUGAAAGACACAGGGAAAGAAUUGGAGGUCAAAGGUCAAGUGAGUGAUAAUGAGGUCUGUGUUUAUCCAGUGAGUCAGACUGAGUUACUGAAGGAGACAGAAAAGAAUGCAGAGAAAAUCAAUGUCAAGGGCAAAGAACAGACAAAGAGUGAAUGGAUCACACUGGGGCUCACUGGUAAAAUGGAGGACAGCCAAUCAAACAUACCAGAUGCAUGCUUUAUUAGAGCACCUAUGGGUGUGGCUGAAGUCCUGAUGUGUGAAGUGGCAGACGCCUUCAGCUGCCUAAUGGUGACCGGCACUGAGGAGCUGGUGAGCAGGGUGAUCAGGGUCAAAGUUCAAGACAGAGCCAACUUCCACUUCCCUGUGACCGUGGUUGUGCCUUUCUGCGCGCGCUACCGUGGCAGCUACAGGGAUGUCACUGUCAAGAUAAUGGAUGGGAAGAGGAGGGUGAGCUACGUCACUCCUGUAACAACAGAGGGCACGUAUGGAGGACAGAGGGGCUCAUUUGCAGAAGUGAAGGUGUACUCCCUGGGUUUCUUUGCAGUUGUUUCCUGUCUAAAAAGAGAAAAUUACACCGUUCCCAGUAGGGGUUUGUCACUCAAGCUCCCCAUGGACCAGCGCAUUUGUCUCAACUACCUCCCAGGAGCCUUCACUGCUCCAGUAAUGGCACAGGUCAUGAUCCAGCCGUUAGACGCCGUCCUCCUGGCUGCUGUCAAAUCCAGAAGUGAUGUCUAUUAUUCAGUGGUGUCUACGAGCCCACUACUCUACCUCACCCACCCGACCUCACAGCCCCUGAGACGACCCCUCACUGUCACCCUGCCCUGUCCCCCGAACCCUGAAAGAAAGAGGAAGAUAAGGGGACAAGGUGAAGAGACAAAACAUCACCACACCCACUCUGUUUAUCCAGCAUGGGAUCAACCUGCUGGCCACAGAGUGAGAAUACUGGGUGCCUUGAAGUCCUCAAAGGAAACGUCCAAUGAGCAACUGAUUGUUCUGGGCUCAAAGGAUAAACAGUGGACCGUCCUGGAGAAAGUCAUGGUCAGAAACCAGCAGGACGGACUGGCAUCCUUUGAGCUGACAGAGAACUUUGACAGACUGCUGCUGGUUCGUCUCCUCUCCCCACUGCAGCCUUGUCAUCUCACCUCCCUGGCAGAGGAGCUGGAGGAGUCGGUCGGCUGCCACGCAGUCACUGUCGUCCUCCAGCACCGGCAGGACAAGCCUCACACUGUCCUGUUAGCUGCCCUGCCCAGCCGGGACCUCAGCUGGGAACUGAACAAACUGCGAGCUCAGGGCUACAGCGGCCUCCUGGAGACCUCAUCAGACAUCUCCAUGUGUGAAGGAGACCAGCUUCUGCUACGUUUCAGUGGCAACAUCACCUCCACAGGAACUCAAAACAACCAAAAUGACGUCCCACAGGAGGGAAUCGCCUUUCACAGUCAGCGCAUCAAUCACCUCUUAGUGCAUCUAACUGAAGUGGAUCCAUUUGGGAACCACAGCUCCCCCCACUACAAGGGGACGGCUGUGUUUUACAAGGUGACCAGAGGUGAGCUGGAGUGGCGAGGGGACAAAGCCGCCCCGAAGGACGGAAAGCUCCUGGGAGAUCCUGUGUGUAAGCUGUCUCUGACUUUACCCAAGAAGGUGAGAAGCAUUAAUCGGCCCAUCACAGCCAGAGUGAAGAUAUGUGAGGAAACAGACUCCCUGCCAGACUCUCUUCUUCUCUGGCUGGCUGGGGAACUUUCAGAGGAAGAAAUAGCCCUGUUGGCGCUCUCCCUGCGUCUCCGUCGUAGCGCUGCACAACUGGUGAAGCUCCGGGCCGGGGACAGCCUGUCCACGCAGGCCUUCCACGUCCUGGCCAUGUGGAGGAGGGCGCUACCCGCUGCUCCACACCAACCCAAGGCCUCUCAGCUGGCUCACUGCUUGGCCAAGAGCGGCAGGCCAGAUCUGGCCAGAGAGCUGCUUCUGCGACAGGCUGCUGCCACCAGACACGGCUCACUGAAAUAAAGAGACUUAAAAAGCAAAGAUCACACAGAUCUUUUACUGCUGCUCAUGAACAUGGGUGUCAAAUGAGGUGCUCGCAGUGCUUUGUUUGAUCCACAAGGGGUCAGCAUUGCCCUGUGAGAGUCUGUGCUGUCUUCAGACAUGAGUUAAAUUUUUAAGUUACUGGUUGUAACCCCUUUUGGCGAGUGACCCUUAAAAAAUGAAGCUAUCUACUUGUGACUCUACUUGUCAUCAGUGAUUGAUUAUGUGUAUGAGUUAUUGCUAAGUCAACCACAAAGCUUUUAUCUGAGUAGUUUUAGAAAUCUAAGAACAAAACAUUAUUCAUUUAAUCAAGAAAAAAGCAAACAUUAGAGGGAAUAGGUUAUCAGAAACAAAUUAAUUUGUCUAUUUUAUUAGCCAUUUGUAAUUGACACCUUGCCUCAAACUAUGUGUUGUAAUGCAAUAAAUCUAAUCAAUCUGA